CUGGCUCUUUUGUGGCUGUUUUUUCCUUCAGGAAAGUGAAUCUGCGUCGGUGACGACACUUCCCCCCUCUCUCCCUCCCAAGGAUUUAUCCCUGAAGUUUUCUCCCCUUCAGGGCGGUGUGAAGUCAACUUUUUCUCUCUUUUGUUUUCCAGAUUUAAAGUAAAAUCACAACCAUGUCGCCGCCGUCUCGACGGCUUCAGACGAAGCCGGUGAUAACCUGCCUGAAGACUUUCCUCAUCUCCUACAGCCUCAUAUUCUGGUUCACAGGAGUGAUCCUGCUGGCCGUCGGUGUGUGGGGGAAGGUGAGCCUGGAGGCCUACUUCUCUCUGGCCUCAGAGGAGAGCACCAAUGCACCAUAUGUCCUCAUCGGGACCGGAGCCAUCAUCGUUAUUUUCGGACUGUUCGGAUGCUUCGCUACAUGCCGCGGCAGUCCAUGGAUGCUCAAACUGUACGCCAUGUUUCUGACCUUGGUGUUCCUGGCUGAGCUGGUGGCCGGUGUCUCAGGCUUUAUCUUCAGACAUGAGAUCAAGGCAAAGUUAGGCUUUGCCUAUAAAAACGCUGUGAAGACCUACAAUAGCACAGACAGCAGCAGCAGGAGCAGCACUGCAGUGGAUGCCAUCCAGAUAACUCUGCAUUGCUGCGGGGUGAACAAUUACACUGACUGGAACACCACAGAUUACUUUAAAGAGAAAGGUAUCCCUGCCAGCUGCUGUAAAGAAACCACCAACUGCUCAUCAGAGAUCCUGAAAGACAUGAACAAGGCCGGGAAAGAGGUGUACACAGUGGGCUGCUUCGCACGGGUGACCCAUGUGAUGGAGUCCAACCUGGGAAUCAUCGCUGGGAUCUCUUUUGGGAUUGCAUUCUUCCAGCUCAUUGGGAUAUUCCUGUCCUGCUGCUUGUCUCGAUACAUAACCAACAACCAGUAUGAGAUGGUCUAACAGUGACCUUCCACAGGUCUCUGAUGGGCAGCUCCUGAUGCAAAUUGAGUUGAAAGAAUCUCCUGUGAUUUUAAUUUUGUGUGCGUGUUAGUUGAUAUUAUUUUAGAAAGGGAAAAACACUCACUGCUUCUUCUUUUAUUCACCAAUGACAAAUGAGCAGAAGGGGAAAAAAUGUAAAAGGAAAACCCAAAACUGGACGUUAUCUGCAGCGUAGUCUGACCAGAAAUUUAAUGGGACCUCGACAUUCCAGAGAUCAUUUGUCACUCGUGAGAUUUAAUUAGGGAUUUCUAUUAAGCGUAGAUGUUACUAUAUUUCAGUUAAAUGACCAAUUGUCAACAUUUCCUUUUCUUGUGCCUUUGUAUAAUGCAGCUGCCUAAUUUUGUAAUUCUGCUUUGGAAAAAAAAGUAUAGACAAUUUGUAUAGACAAAUGUAAAAGUUCUCUGUAACACUAAGUGAAUUUCUGUGUGUGUGAAACCAAAAUAAGCCUGAGAGAUGGACGAAGAGGUCGCCAACCUGAAAUCAAGUUUGUGUGAUUCACAGAAAGGACUUGGAAACGUGCCUUACUGAUUACGUAGGCCAGUAUUGUUGAAAACCAGCAUUCAUGUGUGCCAGUUACAUUCGCCAGACAACUUCUUAUCACAGUCUUCAGUGUUAAAUUGUUAUUCUUCUUAUUCUUGUGGAUGCAUGUGAAAUACUUGACAAAAAAUAAAGGUUAAAUUUAGUAUCUUCAA